AGUCAUCAUGCUGAGUUUUAUUUCCGCCCGUCAAUCAGGAUUGGACGAACCGCUGAGGCUUCGCCGGGCUGAGUCUACCAGGAGCUUUACUUUUUCAAGGGUAUUGAGCUUGGAGUUAAACAAAGAUAAAGAUAUAGAACAGAUCCAUGGAAGUGGCAUCAACACCCUGGAUAUUGAACCUGUGGAAAAUCGAUACAUGUUAUCAGGAGGUUCAGAUGGUGUUGUUGUAUUAUAUGAUCUUGAAAACUUAAGCAGAAAACCAUGCUACACCUGUAAAGCAGUUUGUUCUGUGGGAAGAAGCCACCCUGAUGUUCAUAAAUUCAGUGUGGAGACAGUUCAAUGGUAUCCCCAUGAUACUGGCAUGUUUACAUCAAGUUCAUUUGAUAAAACACUGAAAAUAUGGGAUACAAACACAUUACAACCAGCGGAUGUGUUUAAUUUUGAGGGAACUGUGUACAGCCAUCACAUGUCUCCUGUUGCUACCAAGCAUUGCUUAAUUGCAGUUGGUACCAAAAGCCCCAAAGUACAGCUUUGUGACUUGAAGUCUGGAUCUUGUUCUCACAUUCUGCAGGGUCACAAACAGGAAAUACUAGCAGUAUCUUGGUCACCACGAUAUGAAUACAUUUUAGCAACUGCAAGUGCUGACAGUAGAGUAAAAUUGUGGGAUGUGAGGAGAGCAUCUGCUUGUGUACUUACUCUUGAUCAGUACAGUGGUGAGAAGUCAAAAGCAUCUUCUGAAACUGAAACCAGAGUUGUCCAUAUUAUCUUUGCAGUAAAUACUGCACAUAAUGGAAGAGUGAAUGGCUUGUGUUUUACAAAUGAUGGGCUUCAUCUUCUGACACUUGGCACAGAUGACCGGAUGAGACUCUGGAACAGUUCCACUGGAGAGAACACACUGGUAAAUUAUGGGAAGGUGUGCAAUGAAAGUAGAAAAGGACUAAAAUUCACUGUGUCUCGUGGCUGCAGUCCAGAGUUUGCAUUUGUGCCAUGUGGUAAUACUGUUGCUAUUUACACAAUUUAUUCAGGAGAACUCAUAUCUGUGCUUAGGGGGCAUUAUAAUUCCGUUGACUGCUGUGUUUUUCAACCUGAUUUCCAGGAACUUUAUAGCAGUGGCAGGGACAGCAAUAUCCUUACCUGGGUCCCAUCUCUGAGGCAGCCAGAACCUGAUGAUACUUCUGAUGAAAAGAAGUUCUUAAAUCCUGCAUUUCAAGAUACAUGGAGCGGCAGUGAAGAUGACGAUGAUGGGUGAAUUCCCAGUGACCUGUCAACAUAAAAUUGACAUUCAUGCACUGUUUUCCAAAGAAAGCAUAUUUUGUCGUACUGACAAAGGGGACCAGACUAGAGCCAGGUGCUUAUAUUCUGAAGGGCAGCUUAUGCAAUUUCCCUCAGCAGUUAUUUCCCUUUUUGUACUUAUUCCUGUUUUAAAAUAAUGCCAGAUUUUCCUUUCUAUUUUGUCAUAACCAAAGUAUUAUGUCUACAGCGUCAGUUAAAAUGGAAUGGAAUACUUCCCUUCUCCUUCUUGUUUUUGUUUUUUUCAUAUAGGUUAAGACUAACAGCUUGAAUAGGACUCAGAAAUGUACAUGCAGGCAAUGCAAGCAGGCCAGAACUGGUAUUAUGUGUUCAGACCACAGUUAUUAGUCCAGCUACCAUAUUUACACAAGCGGCACUUUCUAAACUCCAUUCAAGGGCAGCCUUACAUAGAAAGCCAGGUUAUUCUUGUCCCGAUGGGGACAAGGCUGAGCUGCCAGCUGAAACUGGUAGAAGACAUUCCAUGUCAUUGAGGACACCUGCAUCUCAUGUGACAAAGAUGGGUCAAGGAGCACAGCCCCCCCCCCCCGACUAAACCUACUCCUUCAAGAGGACUCCAUCUCCCCAUCUGAAACACUUUGAACACUCUGCAUCAGGUCAGAGAGAUCCCCUCCCAACAGUGUCUCAGUCUUGUCUAGCUUAAGCUUCAAUUUCUUAACCUUCAUCCAGUCCAUUGGCAUAGCCAGGUACUGGUUUUGCACAUCCACUGCCUCACCUGCAGAAAAAGAAGAGGAGAAACAAAGCUGCAUUUCAUCAGCAUACUGAGGACAGUGACUCCAACGUUCCAGAAUCUUACACCAACGUGUGAGCCCUGUUUGUCAUCUUUGAGGCCUGCCUGGCUGCUUCCUUCUGCUUUUUCUGUUGCCCAUGGGAGAUACCACCAGCAGUGGUAGAGCAGAGAUAAAGAACAAACUGUUCUUGGCUGAUUUCCAAGUUACUGAUAGGUCUUUCAACCUGGAAACACCUUGUGUCUACAACACCACCAAUUUAUUAUAGUUAGCGACCAGCUAGUUCUUCUUAAGCAAUUUACAAUAAAUACCAUAGGUUAAAAUACUCCAAAUAUUUAAAAAAAACGAUGCAAAAUUGUUUAGAAUCACCUGUUACAGUUUCUCAUUAAAAUUUUAAAACAUUGCAUCUGAUAUUUUUUGCAGCGCUUGCAGGCAGCUGCAAAAAACCUAGCACAGCAAGCUGUUAACUGGGCAUUGGUGCUUCUAAGGAACAUCCUAGCAACCUCUGCAUCAGAUCUCCCUCGCCCCCUUCUAACCAGAUGAGAAAUAAACUUGCCCCGUAUUUCUUGAUAAAAUCAACAGUAAAAAAAUAACAUGUUCAAUUGUUUCAACCUCUCUGGCACCACAAAGGCAAACCCUCUCUGCCAUUGGCAUCUUACAGUAUUUCCUCUCAAGACUGCAGAGGGGAGUACUCGCCAUCUCGCUAGAGAAGAGGCUCUUCGAAGAGUGGGAGAUUCCAAAAACAAUACAUAAAGUGCUGUCGCAAUGAUGUAUUUGGUAUUUUCCAGUGCCAAAAAAUCUGGUUCUCUCCUGAUACCACAUUGCCACUCAGUAUCUAACACUCUCUGUUUGGUAAUUGCUAUUGCCUGAUCCAGUCCCAUUACUAUAAGAAUCUGUGGUGAGAGUCCUAGAGAUGUAAGUUUUUGAUGGACUAUAGUUAGCCAGGAUGAUCAAAAACAGUCCUGAAGGAUUAAAGAAGUUAGUCCCUGGGGGCAAUAGUUUAAUCUGAGCCAAAAGUUAAUAGAGGUGAGGCUUACCCUAGCCUCUAUUUUGAUCAGACCAGAAUCUCGUAAGUGCAUACUAGCAUUAGAGACACAGCUAGGCAUACAAAAAAUUGCCCAUAUAAAUUUUGAUUGAAUUUUUUCUAAUGGGGCAAACACAUUAUGCAAAACUUUUAGCUUAACUUGUUAGCCAUGGACAUAUAAUGUGAGCCCACAAAGGGAAUCAUAAUUUUUCAAUAGAGAAAUAGACACAUGGACAAUCAUAAAAUAGGUUAACCUGCAGUUGCCAAUUGAGGCCAUGGGAAGGCUCUUUGUGCUGAAACUGGUUCCCUGUCUGGUUCCCUGUCUAGUUCCAUCCCUUUUUCCUUAUCAGCCUGGAUUCCCCCCGCCCCUUUUAAUUCAGUGCAAGAGGGAAAUGCUUAUAUUAUGCAUAGGCUCUUUAAUGAAUUCUUGUGUAUAUCCAAAAUAUAAAAAGAAUUUCUUAAAAUUCUUAUUUGUUGUCAUUUGUAUGUAUGAAGAACUGUUUUCCUUUGUUUACUGGGAAUCUCCUCUGUAACAGCAAAAGAAUAAAUAGAUGGUGCAAAAAAGAAAAAAAGUGAUCAAUUGAAAUUAGUUGUUUAAAAUGCUGAAGCCUUAUAUUGCUCAGAACUGCAGUACUGGACAAGCUGUUUUGAUGAGUCUGUGCUGUGUUAGAUAUUGUUUUAUCUGUUACAUUUUUAAAUUUUAACUAUUUUUAAAGGUUAUGGUAUUUUAUUGUAUUGUGGUCUUGUUUUAGGAACUGCUGUAAACUGUACAGAGAGCUUUGAAUAUUGGGCAGUAGAGAAAUUAAAUGAAUAAUUUGUAACAAUUCACCAGCCUAUAAAAUGGGGUUAUAGAAAUUGAGUAGUCAGCUUUGAAUGCCAUGCAAAGUGACACAGCAUUCCCUAGACAAUGACAGAGAGUAACCGAUACCAAACGCACUGAUCUCUUGAAAUAUAUUUUAAGAUAACAGGGUUUCUCACCAAAAAAGGGAAAUAAUAUAGGAUGGGGUUUUUGCGGGGGAAGGGUUACUGUGAGUUUCAAAACCAAUGUAAAAAACACUAAUAAAAUAAAAUGAAGUGUUAAAGUUU